GGAAAUGUCCUUGGCCAGAAUGGAAUGACCCAACAGAACAAUCCAAUGGGACUCCAACAAGGCAAUUCAUUGUUUGGAAACAAUUCAACGAACGCGAUGGGUGGUAAUUCACUGUUUGGCAAUACAAAUACUAAUACAACACUGGGACAACAAAAUAACAUCUUCGCACAACAACAAGGAAACUCGUUGUUUGGGAAUAACACAAACAACAUGUCCGGUCUCCAAAAUACGGGGCUGAUGGGACAAAACAACUCGUUGUUUGGAAAUACUAAUAUGACAAAUAACAACACUUUGAUGGGCCAAAACCCCCCACAAAUCAUUAACGCAGAUGUCGUCUUGAAGAACUUCUUACUCGCAAAAGCACGAGAGGACUAUUCAAAGCAAGAACUCAGUUAUAAGGAAAUGGACUUUGACGAGAGAAUAUUGAAAAGAAAAGAUGAGGUGUUCAGGAAGGCGUGCGUGUUGAAAAGGAUCGAAGAGAGCGCUAGACCACAACUGGAAGAAACCGUGUCGUCUACUCAAAAUCAACUUGUGGUGAUCAGAGACGCUAAAGAGGCUGAAAAGAGCGAGAGGGGAAUAACUACACACAUCAUCACAGAAGCAAACAGCAAAAUAGACCCAAUAGUACAGACGUUUGAAAAGGAGUUUAAUCGCAUUAAAGAUAGAAUCGAGGAGAUGAAGACAACGUGUAAACCAAUAUCCUAUGUCGUCACACGAGAAGACGCAAUUGAAAGUUGUUUUAAAACACAGGGAGAUAUCGAAAAUGUAAAAAGAAAAAUCUUUGCUGUUGAUAAUGAAGUCGAAUCAAUGGGAGAUAAAAUCGAUAAAACUCAGAAGAGUCGGUGGAAACAUAUCGAUUUCUUAAACUAA